UUGGUUUUAUAAAUUGUCUUAUUAAAAUGAUUGUACAUAAAAUAUUUUAUAUUUUUGUUCUUGGGUUAAAUUUUUCCACAGCAUUAGAAUAUACGAAGGUAAAUUGUAAUUUUACCAAGUACAUUUUGAAUUAUUUUAAACAUAAUGAAAAAUACUUGCAAAAAUUGGAAGAGAACAAAUCAAAUAUUUUGAGACGUGAUUUAAAAAUGUAUGGACGAGCAAUACAAUCUCAUGGUGAAAUUGUAAUUGCUAUGUUAGAAGCAUUAAGAUCAGAAGAUCGGUCAAAUUAUCCAUCGCCUUUAAUGGAGGUAAAUUUAUACUUGAAUAACGUUUCAGGAUCUGUAGAAAUGAGUUUUAAAAAUAAAAGUGGUAAAUUUGAUGAGUCCAAUAGAAUAUUAAAUUUACUAGAAGGAUUUUUGAUGAUACAUAAAGCUAUAGUAAAUCGUUUGGAAAAUUUUGUGUACAAUACAUGUUCUGAUGUAUAUUUUGAGGAAGUAUUUACGAAUUGCCCAGAUUUCAAUAAGGAAAAAGAUUAUAGAAUUAAAUUUCUCCCUGAUAUUGUAGAAAAACUAAAAAACAGGUUGUCUAUUAAUGACUUGCAACACAAAGACGAAAGAUUGAAAUUAAAACACAAUGAAGUAUUUAGAAUAUUGCAAUUAGCAAUGAAAAAUGAUUGUCGAUGGGAUUUCCAUCCGAAAAAAUUGUUAUACUACGAUUUAAUGAUGGGACUGCAAAAAUUUGAUGAACGAAAUCUGAUGUCAGGUGUACAAUAUAGAAAAUUACCAGAUGUAAAAGAUUGUCGGGCCGUUAAUGUUAUAGAUUAUUUUAAAUUUGCACCACUAACAUAUAAGUGUCCUGAUGAUUCUUAUUUGACACUUUUUGACGUGUUUCGUUACAUGAAAUACAAUUUUGAUUCGAAACAAUUACAAAGAUAUCAAGAGCUAGUGCUAGCUUCAGCGAUUCGGCCAAUUUUAUUAGUUGUCCGUAUGUAUAUUUCAUUUUUAAAGAGGAUAAAUGAUUUUUGCAAUUCUAAAUGGUAUAAUAAAAAUAAAAAUAAAAAUAAUCUAGAUGAAAUCCGUAAUAAAAUGGCAGAAAUUGGUCCAAUAAUAAUUAACCAAAUUAAAUAUUUUAAAAAUACAAAUCUACUACAAUCACAACCGAUAAUCUAUUUAGAUAGACUUUGUAACGAUAUUCGUAAAAUUGUGGAUGGAGAUGUAUCUCAGUCAGGUCAUACAUUCAAUACAAUAAUGUCACAUACGAAGACCUUUUUUUCAAAUAAUAAAUUAAACACUUAUGAUGGUAAAAUAACGGAAUAUAAAAUUAAACAUAUUAAUACUAUAGUUAAUCUAUAUAACGAGUUUUCUCAACUUGUUAGUGGCAUGUCAACAUACCUAAUCGAAUUGGACAAAUACAAAGAAUCACUUAAUACAGUGAAUGAAACACGAAAUAUAUAUUCCUUAUACUUUAAAGAUAACAGUAAUGACAUUUUUAAGCCCCAAUCAGAUUUUAUAAAUCGCUUAUGCAGUCAAAAUAUAUACAAUGAAAUAUAUAACAUGGACACUACUGAAUUUAUCAAUGAUGAAAAAACUAGCAUUAAUACGGUUAAUCCUGAUUAUGUAAAUGACGAAAAACAAACAGAUAACCAAAAUAUUGAAGACUCAUCAGAACUUAAUAUUCCACUGCCAAAAUAUAUGGUCGAUUAUAUUUUAUUUACAUAAUAUUCAUAUAUAAGUGGUUGUAAUUUUGUUGCUUUUAUUUUUAUUAAUCAAUUAUAUAUAUAUUUACGAAAGUUUAUGUAAUAAUAAAAUUCAAUGUUACUUUUAGCUCCAAUAAACUAAGUUACG